AUAUUUUAACGAUUCGAUAUUUUGUCCGGACACGAUUUUUCUCUCUAGCGAUUCGAGAAUUAUAAAAAGAUUUUCUAUUGAUUAUUUGUUUCAAUGUUCGUUGCUAACUAGCGAGAUUGUUUAAAAUGUUAAGUACACAAACUAGUCUUAUUUUUUGAAAGUUAUGUUAGAGUUUUGCUUGAAACUUUUGUAUUUUUUUAUCAUUUUUUUAAAUUUCUCGGUAAUUCUUGCGUUGUACCCCCCCUCUUCCUUUUUCCUUCGUCAAAGUGUUAAAAAAUGGUCAGUCCUAUGUUAUAGAACCCAUCAAGCUGUGUAGAAUGACCCAAAAUCAACCCCCGGUCUUAACUUUGGGCCGAGAUACCGACCCCCGAAAAUUGAAAAAUAAAAGGCUGGACUAAGAAAAAAGACGCGGGGGGGGGGGGGGGUACGAACGCAAGAAUUACCAAUUUCUCUUUUAAUUAUUUUUUAGCUUUCAAAAAAAUUUUUCUGUUAAAAAAUGAUCUUCACAAGAAAGUUUGUUCAAAGUGCAAAUUCCAUCAUAGCAGGAUGUACUAUGAAGGCUGCUGCUCUUUCAACAUCUUCAAAAUUGUCGGCUUCGAGUGCUGAAGUUUCUCGAAUUUUGGAAGAAAAGAUUCUUGGACAAGAAACAAAGAUUAAUUUGGAAGAGACGGGAAGAGUACUUUCUAUUGGUGACGGAAUUGCUCGUGUUUAUGGACUUAAAAAUAUUCAGGCUGAGGAAAUGGUGGAAUUUGAUUCGGGAAUGAAGGGAAUGGCUCUAAACUUGGAACCGGACAAUGUUGGUGUUGUCGUUUUUGGAAAUGACAAGGUUAUUCGUGAAGGAGACAUUGUCAAACGGACUGGGGCUAUUGUGGACGUUGGUGUCGGUGAAGAAUUGUUGGGCCGCGUUGUUGAUGCUCUUGGAAAUCCGAUUGAUGGAAAACCUUUAAAAGUUUCUCAACGUUCGCGUGUUGAAGUUAAAGCUCCAGGAAUUAUUCCGCGUCUUGGUGUGCGUGAGCCUAUGUUGACAGGAGUGAAAGCAGUUGACUCCUUGGUGCCAAUUGGAAGGGGACAGCGUGAAUUGAUUAUUGGAGAUCGUCAAACUGGGUUUGUAUUUUUUGUUGAUUUUGGGUUAGAUUAG